AUGGUUCAGUGGUAUACUGUCCCAGAGCUUCAGUCGCACCAUGAACAGGCGUUCGGGUCACGGAAGCCGGGGCCCAGGACCCUCCCACCAGGUCACGAUGAAGCCAGCUUCCAACGUGCUGUGGAUGAAUUCAAGGCCAUCGUCGGUGACGAGAACGUCAUUAUCGACGAAGGGUUGGUGAACCUUCGAGAUCCAUACCCAUUGUUCGAGGAAGGAUUCGAGGCUUCUGCUGGUUUAUGUCCAGUAUCCGUUGAGGAAAUCCAGGCAAUUCUCAGAGUCGCUAAUCAGCAUAAUGUACCCUUAUGGGUUUGCUCACAGGGAAAGAACUUUGGCUACGGCGGCCCCGCCCCUCGAGUUGCCGGGUCAAUUGUCUUGUCUCUUCACAGAAUGAAGCGCAUCAUCGAGGUUAAUGAGAAGCUUGCAUACAUCGUGGUGGAACCAGGUGUGACCUUCUUCGAGGUUUGCAACCACUUCGCUGAGAAUAAAAUGAAUCUUUGGAUGUCAGUUCCAGCUCUGGGUUGGGGAAGCGUCCUAGGAAAUACUCUCGAUCGUGGCCAUGGGUACACCAUUUCCGGAAACCGACAGCACUUCAUCGGCAGCAUGGAAGUGGUGUUGCCUUCAGGGGAGGUCCUCCGUACAGGCCAAUGGGCUGUCCCUAAUUCCCCAAGCGCACACGCGUGUGGAAACAGCUUUGGUCCUCAAGUAGACGGCCUCUUUCUGCAAAGUAAUCUUGGUAUUGUGACCAAGAUCGCGGUCGCCGUUGAUAUUGCCCCGGCAUCCUUCAUGGAUAUCAAGAUUCACUGCCCCGAAGUUGACGACAUUGCACCCCUCAUCGAUACGCUGCAGCAGUUAGACCGCGAAGGCAUUACGCAGAGCCAUCAUAUGAUUACUAACAUCAACCAUUUUGCUUCUCAUGACGCAGCCAAACACCAGCAGCAGAGUACUCAAGGUCCAUUAACCCCUGAAACCGUCGCCUAUUUAAAGGAGAAGUACAACACUGGCUACUGGCGCUGCGUGGCUGCCCUAUACGGUCCCAAGGACCUUGUCCUAGCCCGCUGGAAACGCAUCCAAGAGGUUGUAUCCACGAAUAUUCCCUUUGCCAGGAUUGAAAACACGUUCUACGAAGGGGAAAACGGCCAACCCGUGGAUAACACCAAGAUCGACAGCUUGUACGCUGGUGUCCCCACAAUGAAUCCUAUAAAGCUAGCAGAUUAUAAUCUUCCUGCUGACGGAUCUGGAGCGGGGGCCCAUAUUGACACAACACUCAUCCUGCCGUGCGAGGGAGCAACAGUCUUAGCUUGGUUCCAUAAGGCUAAGGCGAUCAUGGAACUGGAAGGCGUUGACCCGUUCAUUGGUUGCCACGUCUUCCCAAAAUACAUCCUGUUUGUUCAAGAAUACGUUUUUGACAAAACGAAUCCAAAGCACCGCCAAGGGGGGCGUAAAUUGAUCCGGUCAUUGCUUGAUGAGGCACGGGAGAACGGGUUUGCAAACUACCGAUCACACAUCCAACACAUGGACGCAGUUCAAAGCUUAUAUGGUUAUAAUGGCCAUAUCUACCGGAGAUUUGUGGAGACACUGAAGGCUGCUCUGGAUCCAAACGGUAUCAUAUCCCCAGGGAAGCAGGGUAUCUGGCCCCCCAAGAAUAUAUCGUAUGCCUCUAGGCCCAAGCAAUAA